CCACAUUCGAAAAAAUGGCGUCGACAACGGACUCCUCAGUGCUACGGUCGAAGGAUCUGUUCACACUCGUGACGGCGUUCCAAGCAGGGUGGUAUGCAGACACACGGAUCCUGCUUCCACUCUUCUCGGGAAAGUUUUCCGUCGUGCGCCAGGUGGGGGUCGAAGCGACGGAGGCCGUGGCGCCUGGCGGCGGCCUGCUUUGCACGAGCGACGAAUCGCUGCGUCGUUUCGACAAGGUGUGGGCACCCUGGUACGAUACGCACCACGGCCUCCGCGGGGUUCGUCGCCUGCUUCGGUGUCGAGACUCGUGUCGCUACGUACUGUACGUGCAUGCUUGUUGCUUUGGGUACGUCGACGUCGUCAUGGAGUUAGUGGCGACAUGGCCGAUGUGCACCAAAAUGCCUCGAUAUCUGGACCUAAGCGCUUGGAACGGGCAAUUGCAUGUGGUGGAGUAUCUUCAAGAACAUCAAUAUGACGAAUGCGCAACAACCGCCGUCGAUUGGGCGGCGCGACAUGGACAUUUGAAGAUUGUAAUGUUUUUGAAUGGGCCAGUCACCCCACCCGAGCAUUGCACGACCAUGGCCAUGGAUUGGGCUGCCGAGGGCGGACAUUUAGAUGUUGUGACAUUCUUGCACCACCAUCGUACCGAAGGCUGCACCACCGACGCCAUGGACUGGGCGGCGCAGAAUGGACAUUUGGAAGUUGUGGUAUUUCUAGGCACCCAUCGAUUGGAAGGGUGUACGACAUUGGCCAUGGACAUGGCAGCUCAAAACGGCCAUUUGGAAGUCGUCCAAUUUUUGCACGACCGUUAUACGCACGUGGGUUGUACGACUGACGCGAUCGAUUUGGCGGCGAUGCAUGGCCAUCUGGCGAUCGUCCAGUUUCUCACGGAGAACCGACCCGAAGGCGGCACGGUCGACGCGUUGAAUUGGGCGGCCGAGAAUGGACAUUUGGGCGUGGUGACGUAUUUACAUCCGCAGGUUUACGACAGCCAUGCGGUCACGGUCGCCAUGGACGGCGCCAUCCAAGCAGGCCAAUUGGAUGUGGUCAAGUACUUGUACGACUUCCGAGUGGAUCCGUUGAACAUGUGGGCCCUGGCCAUCGCUCGAGAAAGGCGACACCGUCACGUGUUGGAAUGGCUACACUGGGCCAUGAAUCCCAUCAGUCAUCAAGUGCAGCCCGAUGGACGAGGAUGCAUCUAGGGCAGAGUAAGAUGGAUACAAACGGUGAAAACAUGAGUGUGAAUCCUUGACCAUUU